AUGCGCGGUAAGACAUUUGCUGCUGCGCUUUUUGCGCUGGCAGCUCGCGCAUCGGCCCAGGCGCCCGUCGCAGUCGCUCCUGAUGUUCAACAAUCGGUCCUGCUCGUCCUCGCGACUGCGAUCCCAUCCGAAGUCGCAUCCUACGCCCUCGCCUCGUCGUCUGCGUUUGCAGAGGAAAUGGCCUCGUCUCUCGCCGCGGGCAAGACACCUGCCUGGUACCAGGCGCUCCCGACGGACGUACUGAGCCUUCUGCCUCAAAUCUAUCCGUUCGAAGCUGAAGCCACUCCUACUCCCUCAUCAGCUUCAAUGUACGCGACACCCGCCCCCAGUUCUGCCGCCGUUACUUCGUCUGCUUCGAUGUCUGCCUCUGCGCCCGUCGCCUCUGCUUCGUCGGCCAUGACACAUGUCAUUAGCGUCAAUAGCACUUCGCGCGCAGUCCAGAGCCCGACUUUGAGCGCAUCUACCACCGCUGCUACCUUCACUGGCGCCGCCUCCUUCCCAACUGCCGCUGUUGGCGCCAGUCUCGGCGCUGUCCUCGGAUUCUUUGGAAUGCUCGCCUUGUAA